CAAACUGUGCAGAAAGCAAAAUGUGCGGACAUUGCCUUAAGUUCUUGUACUGAUGUUGCCUAUACUCAAACCAUGUAUCCUAAUUUUCUGGAUCAGAAGUCUCGAGAAGUGAUUGAAUACAGCUCUGAGUACAUCCUCAUCAGCGUGCUGCACAACUUGCUCCAGGGAGAAUGCAAUCCGGACCUGAGGCUCCUGGGCUGCUCAGUGCUGGCUCCGCAGUGUGAAAAGGACAAAGUUAUAAAGCCCUGCAGGCAUGUUUGUGAAAACCUGAAAAAAAAUUGUCUCCCUGCUUUUGAUGCAAUAGACAUGGCUUGGCCCUACUUCUUAGACUGUGACCGCUUUUUUGCUGGAGAAGAAGAGGGGUGCUUUGACCCACUGGCAAAGCUGCGAGAAGUAAAUGUUGAGGAAGACUUGCCUCCAGACUUACCAGCAACUUUUAUUCAGUUCAAACACCAUUCAUAUUCCCAAAUGGUGAGCAUGUUGAAGAAGACAGCUUCUAAAUGCUCCCAUAUUGCAACAACUUACAGCAUAGGUCGCAGUUUUGAAGGGAAGGAUCUUUUUGUGAUUGAAUUUUCAACCAAGCCUGGACACCAUGAACUACUCAAGCCAGAGUUUAAAUACAUUGGCAACAUGCACGGAAAUGAAGUUGUGGGGAAAGAACUGCUGAUAUACCUCGCACAGUAUCUGUGUUCAGAGUAUCUUCUUGGGAACCCUCGCAUCCAGACCUUGAUUAAUAAUACCAGAAUUCACCUCCUACCUUCACUCAACCCUGAUGGAUAUGAACUGGCUGCAGAAGAGGGAGCUGGUUACAAUGGAUGGGUCAUUGGACGACAGACAGCUCAGAACUUGGACCUGAACAGAAAUUUCCCUGAUUUGACGUCUGAGGCUUACAGAAGAGCUGGGAUUCAUGGGGCCCGCCUUGACCACAUCCCCAUUCCACAAUCCUACUGGUGGGGUAAGGUGGCCCCUGAGACGAAAGCAGUCAUGAAGUGGUUGAGGUCUAUCCCAUUCGUGCUUUCUGCCAGCCUCCAUGGGGGUGAGCUGGUUGUGACCUAUCCUUACGACUAUUCAAGGCAUCCUAUGGAAGAAAAAAUGUUCUCCCCUACACCAGAUGAGAAGAUGUUUAAACUGCUGGCUAAAGCCUACGCUGAUGCACAUCCAGUCAUCUCGGACCGAUCUGAACUUCGUUGUGGUGGAAAUUUUGUAAAACGCGGAGGUAUUAUAAAUGGUGCUGAAUGGUACAGCUUCACUGGAGGUAUGGCAGAUUUUAAUUACCUUCACACAAAUUGCUUUGAAGUUACUGUGGAGGUAGGAUGCGAAAAGUUUCCUUUGCAGGAAGAGUUGUUUACAAUCUGGCAUGAAAACAGAGAUGCCCUUCUGAAUUACAUGGAAAUGGUUCAUCGGGGUAUAAAAGGAAUUGUGUCUGAUAAGUUUGGCAAUCCAAUAAAAAAUGCUCGUAUUUCAGUCAGGGGCAUCCAGCAUGAUGUCACCACAGCUGCUGAUGGAGACUACUGGCGGCUCCUGCCUCCAGGGACAUACAUAAUCACUGCCCAAGCACCGGGAUACAGCCGGGUGAUUAAGAGAGUCACCCUUCCUCUCAAGAUGAAACGGGCCGGACGCGUUGACUUCGUGUUGCGACCUGUUGAGGCUUGGCCCAACAAGCUCCUCCGCCGGUCAAUGGAAGACGUGUACGACCCAUACGACCCGCUGGAACUUUUUGACCCUCAUGCCCAACACAGGCAGCCCGAGGCUCGAGGAGGAUCAUUGGGCAGGGAGAAGCCUUGGUGGUGGUCUUACUUCAGUUCUCUAGACCUGCACAAACCUCUAUGGCUGCUCAAGCAGCGCUGA